UUGUCAUAACCCGUACCGUUUUUGCACUUGAAGGAUGGUGUCGUGAACCCCAAGACAUUCGCUCCGUUAUUUUGGUUCUCUUUGAUAAGAGAAAAACAACUGCUUUUGUUUACGAACACCAUUAGUAUUAGUUUCUUCGAUUUGAUGACUCAUCACAGCACCACCACUGAUUAACGACGUGGAGCAGCUUCUCUCUCAUCCUCCUCCUCCCAUUGGUCAUUGGUUGAGUUAACUUGCUGCCAAGGUUGAAAAUUGUUGUGCGGCUUUUGGGGUUUGCUCGUGGAAUCGGAAAUGGCCGCGGUUCGUAAGCGGAUGUGGCAGUUAUCUGGAAUCGGAGCUUUUGGGGCUUCCAAAUCCAAAGUGUCGUCGUCGUUCGAAAGAGCAAUAUUCCAUCCAUUUCCUGUUUCGGGGACAAGGCAUGUUUCUCAAUUGGUGAAAUCCAACGGAAAACACUUGUUUCUCGUUGACACUUUAGCCCUGGUUAGAAAACUAGAGGGGGAAGGAUUGCCCUCGAAACAAGCUGAGGCAAUAACCGCUGCCAUAACCGAAGUUUUGAAUGACAGUCUCGAAAAUGUGUCUCAAUCGUUAGUAUCUAAAGGAGAAAUGCAGAGAACCGAGAUGAUGCAAGAAUCCAAUCUGUCCAAGUUUAAAGCAGAGGUGCAGAGCUCACAGGGACACCAUUUCUCUCUUUUACAACAUGAGACAGAGAAGCUUAGGAAUGAUAUAGAGAAGAUGCGUAGUGAGUUGAGGUAUGAGAUUGAUAAAGUCACUGCUGGGCAGCGAUUAGAUUUGAACCUUGAAAGGGGGAGAAUAAGGGAGGAAUUGUCUAACCAGAAUGCUGAAACUAACAACCUGACAAACAAACUUGAUAGAGAGAUCCAUUCUUUAAGAGCACAGCUAGAAGCAGCCAAGUAUGAUGUCAUAAAAUACUGCAUAGGAACACUGGUUUCGAUCUCUGCCGUUGGUCUUGCAGUAUUACGUAUUUUGAUGUAAACGAAUUGUAUUCCUAUGAGAUUAAAAAAGAGGUGGAAAAGAAUCAAGGUACCUAGCUGCUUUGAAGAUCUGUCUUCUCUCAGAAACAGUUGCAUUACAAUUCUGGUUCAACCUUUUUUUUUUCCAUUAUUUUUCUUUGGUCGGUACUAGUGGAGCAGAAAGGACCUAGCUCCAAGUAGGAACGAAUUGGGCCUGUUUUUUAAGCCCCAUUCCAUAUUCUUUCUGUUUAUUUAUUUGCCAUGCCUUUGGGGAUAUUUGUGCAUUUUGUGCAUUUUGUGCGUGGCUGUGGUAUCAAUACAACACAAGCAUCUUGGAUUAUAAAUGCUUAAGCGGAAGAAUUUAAAUGCAUGUUCUUAUAGCA